GCACAUGCGCUGUACUUACAGCUGCAUUGUUUUUAACGGUGAGAGCACGCAGAAAGCUCAAAAUUUUUCAGUGAAUCAAGAGAAGCAGAAUGCAGCCCAUAGCAAUAAUUCUAUCUGUCAUUUUUUGUGCAGUGGCAAGUGGACAGGAACCUAAUGGAUCUCCUCGGUGCGGUUGUCUGGAAGAGCCAGCGAUUGGAAGCCACCACAAAGAAAAAUUUUGCAGACAUCAUUUGACACCGGUAUCUGAACGGAACAAACCGCGCAGCUGUAUCUGCAGACCAGGCCUCGUCCGCAAUUCUUGGGGCGACUGCAUCACCAUUCAGGAGUGCAAGCGAUGUAAAUGCUUCCGGGACAAGGACUUCAACGUGUGCGCUCGUGCUUGUCCAGUGAUGUGCAACGAGCCAAUACGCGGAUCAUGCUCUAAAAAGUGCGUCUUUGGAUGCGAUUGUCCUCCUGGAUAUCUAAGGGACCCUAAGAAGAAGUAUCGGUGCGUCAAGGCAGCGAAGUGCGUUCUCAAAUGCCCACAAUAUUCGAAGUUCGAGUUCUGCGUUUCUACCUGUGCAGCCAAAUGCGGCGCACGGCCACCCAGAGUUUGCGUCACACGUUGUCAAAGGGGCGGAUGUGUAUGCGAUCAGGGCUACGCCGAGGUUGAGCACAGCGGGGAGACUAUCUGCGUUCCACGAGGGGAGUGUUACCGAUACUUGGGUCUGGCGGCACCACUCACGCCCGGUGGACCUGGAAACAUAGGUGGCGGGAUAAGCUCUGGUGGAACUGCAGUACUUCCGGGUGGCGUUGUGGGAGGCGCAGUGGGUACAUCGUCAACAGCUGCAGGAGGGCUUACAACAGAAUCUACGGGCAUUGUAGGUUUACCAUCUAUUUCGGGUGGCGGUGUGGGAGGCACAGUUGGUACAACCGCAACAGGGGCAGGAGGACAUAUACCAGGAUCUGUGGGCACUGUAGGCGUACCGUCUAUUUCUGGUGGCGGUGUGGGAGGCACAGUUGGCACAAUUUCAACAGGGGCAGGAGCAUUUGCACCAGGAUCUGGGGGUACUGGAGGUGUACCAUUUAUUUCGGGUGGCACUGUGGGAGGCGCCGUGGGUACAGUCUCAACAGGAGUGGGAGGAAUUCACCCAGGAUCUGUGGGCUCCGUAGGUGUACCAUUGAUACCGGGCAGCGUUGUUGGAGGCACAAUGGGUGCCGUCUCAACAGGAGUCGGAGUAAAUCGACCUGGAUCAGUGGGCACUGAAGGAGCACCUACUACGGGUACUUAUGGAUUUGGUGCGACCAGUAGUGCUAUAUACAGUGAAGGUAUAGGACCAGAUGAUUCGAUGGAGUCUGGCGAGAGCAGAGUAGGAGGUGGUGCCAUAGGGUCUUCGACUAUCCAUCCUGGUAUCGAAGGACCUGAAGCGGCUGGUGUUUCGGUAGGCGAGGAAGGUACCGCACCGCAUGGUACUUCAGGAGUUGGUGGUGGGCUAAUCGCAGGCGGUACAACACCAUCCGUCAUCGGAGGGCCUGGUAGACUCGGUGUGGAAGUGGUUACAGGCACCUUUGGUCAGAAUGGCGCUAGUGUUUUUCCACAUCCAGCCAGUCCUGGAAUAAACACAGCUGUCCCGUCAUUAUCUGGGUCGGCAGGAAGUCAGCCAAAUGUUGUCUCAAUAGGCUCAGCGCUUACACCCCCGCACGUGGUUACUGGAGGUGGAAUUGUAAGCAGCGGUAUACCCACAACAAGCACACAUACAGUUAAUCCCGUACAGCCUGGUACGACUGUUACCGGAAUCAAUUCCCAGGGUGCUGGCGUGAGCGGUGCGGGAGGGCUUGCCCCGGUCGUUUCCGGACCAAGUAUACCGGCUGCGCCAAUCACUAAUGUCAUAGGCGCCACACCAGGCUUUGCCGCAACAGGCGCACUGGGUACACCCUCGCUCGUUACUUCUUCAAGCGGCAGAGUAGGCCCUGGUCUGGCAACUGCACUAACACCAGUAACGGUUCCCGCAAUAUCUGGUGGUUCAAUUGGCGGAAUCAGCGCCACAGGUAGUGACCUUUCCACCACAGGAAUGCCUGGCCCACUCCCUGCGGGAACCUUCGUCACUGGUACGUCCUCAUCUCUUGCCACAGGAGUUGGUUCUAGUGUUGUCGGAGUACCCAGCGGGGGCUCAGGAAUAGGGGGCACUGUGGCAGUGGCUGGUGGCAGUAAUGGUGUAGUAAGCGGGGGUGGUACCACAUUGACUGGUGGAAACGCUGUCGGAACCCACCUUGGGGCCAGUGGCUCAACCGUAGGUACGGGUCGGACGUCAACCGGCAAUGCUGGGCGCAUAGCCGGUGCAGUCCUCGGAGCAGCCGCCAUUCCCAUGGUGAUGGCUGGUGUGGGUGCGGCAGCCGCUGGACUCACAGGGCUGAGUAGCACAGGUCACCACGCGGGUAUAGCUUGCAGAGGUGGCAGUUCCGGCUGCAUGCACACAGCCCAUUCAACCACCGGCAGAGCGGGAUGUCCAACCUGUUAGCUACCAUGUUUAAAUACAAAGAAACGUCAUUCAUGGAUGAGAAUAUUUGUUGUGCAAUACUGUUCAGACUGAAACAGCGAAUAUCCUAUGCGACUGAUGGCUGUGACCUUGCUAACCAAUUGAACCCCUCCCCCUCGUAGUAACAAUAGUAAACUGCAGUACGACUAAAUUAUGCUGCAUAGAAGCAAUAAAAAAAUUGUUUGUGCUUCGGUAUAGCUAGAAUUGUUAUGGUGCUGCGAUGCUCUAAGGUAUUGUUUUUUUUUUACUGUAUUUUCCGCUACAUUACAUUUAAAGGCUGUAUUCGAAGACACCGUUUCCUCGAAUAAACUUACCCGAAGAUAACA